AUGAAGGCCGUGUAUGCUGUCCCGGCGACGGUAGCCCUCAUCUACCGCGCCUGGAGCAAAAAGAGUCUGACGCCGCUGGGUAUAGUCGCUGCUACGGCCACGGCUAUUGUACAUGCUCUGCACCCGUGGAACCUCCCUUUUGUCCUGCUCGCUGUCUUCUUCUUGGCCGGCACGAGGGUCACCCAUAUCAAAGAAGACGUCAAGGCCCAUCUCACCGUGAAGUCUAAGGGCACUUCCGGAAAGGAAGGCCCGCGUACUCAUGUCCAAGUCUUUGCCAACUCCCUCACGGCCUCCAUCCUCAUCCUCCUCCAUGCCCACCAGCUGCACCAGCGCCAGGCCGCCCUACUCAGGCCGGACGCCAAGGACGCCGGCACCAUCUGCUACUCGUGGGGCGGCGACCUCCUCGUCGUCGGCAUCAUCGCCAACUACGCCUGCGUCGCCGCCGACACCUUCUCCUCGGAGCUCGGCAUCCUCGCCCGCGAGUCGCCCCGCCUCAUCACCUCGCCGACCCUGCGGCGCGUGCCCCGCGGCACCAACGGCGGCGUCACCCCGACGGGCCUCGCGGCGGGCCUCCUCGGCUCCAUGAUCGUCGUCACCGCCUCCAUGCUCUUCCUGCCCUUCUGCACCGGCGACACGGCCGGCCGCCUCGGCGGCGGCGACGCCGCUUCCGUCUGGACGGGCUCCCGCAAGCGCGAGCUCAUGUGGUUCCUGACCCUGUGGGGCGUCCUCGGCAGCCUCGCCGACUCCUUCCUCGGCGCCGUCUUCCAGCGCUCCGUGCGCGACACCCGCACGGGCCGCAUCGUCGAGGGCGAGGGCGGCGCCCGCGUGCUCGUCUCGCCCCCGCCCGCCGCCGCCGGCGUCAGCAGCAGCACCCGCGAGACGCACACGGCCCGGCGCGCCGAGAUCAAGGCCGCCCUGCUGUCGGGCGAGGGCAAGCACGCCGUGCCCCGCGCGCAGGACGAGUCGGCCGUGGCCGACGCCGACGCCGAGGAGGAGCACGAGGCCCGCGCCCACCGGUACGACGCCCACGACAAGCACCGGCGGGCGAGCUUUGGCGACGGCGAGCCGAGCCGCGUCGUCGAGAGCGGCUGGGACCUGCUGGACAACAACGACGUCAACUUCCUCAUGGCCUUUACGAUGAGCUUUGGCGCCAUGGCGGUGGCCGGGUGGUACUGGGGCGUGCCGAUGCAGAGUAUCAUGUCGGGAGUAUUGUAG